GUGAACCUCUGACACCACAGGUAUUAAUGUUAUAACGCCUCAAGGCAACCUUCGUCAUUAUUAGGGCUGGCCAAAAAUCCGUUCUCAAGUAUGCGGACCAACAUUAUAUAUGCUGCACUAUUCGCAGCUCUCUCAUCGGCCUCUUCAGGUGCCAAUGAUGGAUCUGACGAAGAGUGUGAAGUCAAUACGGAACUCGUUUUUGAUUGGGAUCAUGUGUAUUUCGGUCAAGGGGCAGUACCGGGUCCCGAUAAUGGUAUCCCCUGGACCGCCCCAGCACCAAAUGGCAUGAACUCCCCUCCCGUUCAAGCUAUCAGCAAGGGCAGUGAUGAUAAUGGUAACCCCUGGACGAAAUCUGUGCCCAGCGACCGAACCAUCACCUUGACCACAACUUGGACGGAGCCCUGCUCGACAGGAUAUACCACCAUGACGACGAUUGUGACCACCACUCACUGUGGUUGCACCGAAACUCCUGUCCCAACCAUCUCCAUGAAGACAGUCACUAUUACACCGUCACCUGGGUGGCCUUUCAGCCAACCCAUCACCUGUACGAUCCCAGUACCUCCAACGACAUCUGGAACAUUUUCGUCUUCAAACAAUGGCUGGGGAUCUCGAACGGGCUCUCCCGCAUCCGGCAGCACAUCCUCUUCGGCACCUCCUAGCAGUCACGGUUGGCCUUCCUCCUCGUCAUCCAAUGGACAGCCGGUCUCUACCUCUACCGGGGCCACAACAGUGGGAAGCAGCAGCAGCUCCGGAUGGCCAACGUCAAGCUCGGUUGGCUCGACUACAAUAACUUCGAGCACGAGCUCGCAAUCUUCGUCCGCAAGCACAACCUCAACAAGCACCAGCCCUCUACCUACCGUCAGUGGCGCUCGCAACGUGGGUUACUACGUUAACUGGGCGAUCUAUGCAAGGAAUUUCACCGUGCAAGACUUGCAGACUCAAUUCCUGACUCACGUUUUGUACGCUUUUGCCAAGGUCGAUCCUGCUUCUGGGAACGUCCUCUUGAGCGACACAUGGGCGGACACCGACAAACCAUGGCCUGGUGACGACACCAGCGCCACGGGUCUGAACCUAUUCGGCAACCUCAAGCAGCUGUAUCUGCGCAAAAUCCAAAAUCGCAAUUUGAAGACGUUGCUUUCCAUCGGAGGCUGGACGUUUUCUCCCAGUUUCGCAACCGCAACCAGCACCGAACAAGGUCGCCAAAACUUCGCCAACAGUGCCGUGACGCUGCUUCAAGACUUGGGCUUCGACGGCAUCGACAUCGACUGGGAGUAUCCCGCCGAUGCGACGCAAGCGGCCAAUUUUGUCUCGUUACUCCAGACGCUUCGUGCAGCUCUCGACGCGUCGUCCACGAGAAACAACCAGACACGGUUUUUGAUGUCGGUGGCCGUCUCUGCGGGUCCGGACAAGUACAACGUGCUCGACGUCCCAGGGAUGGAUGCCUCCCUAGAUUUCUGGAACUUGAUGGCCUACGACUUUAUCGUUUCCAACUCCAAUGUCACCGCUUUCCAAGACAACCUUUACCCGUCGGUCAACCAUCCACUGUCGACCCCCUUCAACGCCAACGACGCCGUCGACGCCUACCUCGAAAAGGGGGUCGACCGAUCCAGGUUGGUUUUGGGAAUGCCACUGUACGGUCGGUCAUUUCUCAACUCGACCGGUCCCGGUUCGCCUUGUCUCCCGGAUCCAAACGGCUCUUGGGAACCCGGGGUUUGGGAUUUCAAGGUUCUACCCAAGGCGGGCGCGUCCGAAUUCUUCGACCCUCGAGCCAUCGCCUCUUACAGCUUCGACAACGCCACGGGCAACUUCAUCACCUAUGACACCUUCGACACGGUCAGGCUCUACAAGGCCGGGUACGUCCUGAACAAGGGGCUGGGUGGUGGCAUGUGGUGGGAGACCAGCGCCGACAGGCCCAUCGGGCAAGGGUCCCUGAUCGAAGCCUUUUUGCGUGAAUUCAUCCUCCUCGACGAGGUUCAGAUAGUCGAGAACGAGUUGUCCUACCCCGAGAGCAAGUAUGUCAAUUUGAGGGCCGGGAUGGUCUCUUCUGAUUAGGUGGAUUUUGUUUUUUCGGGAAUUAAUUUUUAGAAUAUUAUUCUGUGGCAUGAAUACUGGAAAUAUUUUUGGAAGUUCUUGCUCGUCAUUCUAAAAAUCAACUGUCAUUGCUGUGCAAUGCCUUCGGAAAGAGAGACGUAUCUCAUUGUCCACUUUUAAAGUAUGACGUUCGUUAGUAC